AUGCCAGACGUCAAACCGCUCAGAUUCCCAUCCAGGGAAGGACGAGCCAGUCAGCAAGAUCAAGCAGAGCUUCAGACCGUCUGCUCUGGUAGACGUCGCACUUGUGCUCUGCUCAACAGUCCCUCACCAUGUGUCAACAGUGCUAUUUACCACAUCCAAGAGAUGAAGCUGACAGUGGAGAACUGGUGUCAACAGCCUGGAAAAUAUCAACCACAGAUCGACCAGGUCAAGCACCGAUACAACAAAACUUUAAGGUUUCAGUCCAGAUACUCAGAUUCUGAAUCCGUGAUGUCUACGGAGCAGUACGUUCAAGGCAUCGCAAUUGGCGUGAGAGAAAGCUGUCCAUUAUCGCCACUGCUGAAGAAAAUAAACGAUGCCAUCCGUGAUGCUGUGUACCUGAUCGAGAGGUUGGAGGCUGAUCGGCAGGCUACAGAGGAGGCUCUCCACAAAGAGAAGAGAAGAGGAAGGUUUUUGGAGAACGAAGUUCACAGUGUUUCACUGUGGAAGCAAAAAGAGCACGCUUUGGUCGUCCAGAAAGAGCACGAGGCUUGCGUUAGAGACAUCACCAAGCUGAAGCGGAAGCUCAAAGUGGAAAGAGAGAAACUUGACCUCGUCCAGGAGAAGCUGACACACACCGAGGUGCUGAACCAGAACGUGCACGAAGAAAUCAACUUCUCCAGAAAACAAGUUCCCCUCAUGAGGGAGCACCUGGAUCUACAGAGAGAUGCCAUUAAUCAGAUCAACGCUGCACUAGCAGAGGCUGAUGAAGUUUGCUCAAAAACACAGAGCGAUCUCACACUGGUCAGGAAGGAGUUAAAAAAGAUGGAGCUGGAUGCCAACAAUGAAAAGAUAUCUGCAGACCAUGUACUGUUGGCGAUGAAGAAUCAGCUGGCAGAGAGACUGGAAGAUUUGAACCAGUUGAAGAUGAUUGAGAAAAGUCUGUGUGCUGAAACAAAGGAUGCCGAAAAGAGCAUCGCUCUCACAGAGGAAAAGUGCGCACUUAUAACUCAGCGCGUCCCUGAAAUGAUGGAUCUUGAGAAAACUGAAAGAGACAGGCUGUCACAACUGAAUCUUCAAAUUGAGGAUAAAAUGCUAAAGAAUAGGAAAUUAAAGGAAGAACUAAUUGCACGACAAGAAGACAUUGAGAGAGCUAAACUUAAUGGGGAAGCACAAGUGUCCUGCGUGGAAGAGCAGCUCCAAUCAAAACUUAAGACUUUUGCAGCUCUCCGUAAAGAAAGAAUGGAGUACGAACAGAACGUAGAAGACCACAAGACGAAAAUUCGCGAGAGCGAGAAAGCGGUGAAGCAGAUGCGUGAGGAGAGGAAGCAGAUGCUCCAGAAAAUUACUGACAAUGACGAUCUGUGGGAAAAGGCCAAGGAGGAAGUGACUCAAGUUGUAGCCCGGCACAGCGUCACUCUGACUAAGCUGGAAGAACAGAAGCAGCUUACCUCCACGGAAGAACAGAGGGCCAGGAAAGAGAUUGACAACUUGAGGAACGAUCUGACGGGUCACACGACUGCCCUGGAACUGCUAAAGACUCGGUGUGCAAAUGUCAAUGAAGAACUGAAACAGCAGCAAAGGAGUUCGGAGCUAACCAACCAACAGCUUCAGAAAGAAUUUGAAGAUGCAUCCUCAGCAGCAAAAGCACUCGAGACAAAAAUUGAGAAAGUCAAGAAACUGACGGAAAAUCUGGAACAGAUUCAGUGUGAACACAGGAAGACGUUAGUCAACCUUGAAGAGGAGAAAAAACUCAAACGUGAGCACCUGAAGGCCGCUCAGGAUUUACACACUUCAACUAUGAAGAGAUACGACGACGCUCUGAGCACGAUCAGCGACCUGACGAAGAAAACCAAAGAGUGCCGAGAUUCUUCACAUGAAAUGGAAGAAACUGCUGAAAGCAUGCAAGAAGUCAUAGCAGAACUUGAAAAGGAUAUUGAUGUGUUGGAGUUCAAAAACAAAUCAGCUGCCCUCAUAAUGAGCACCUUGCAGUCUGAUAUUAAUAACUGCCAACAACGAACACAGCGUUCCAUGCAGACGCACACUGCUCAUGUUACAGCAAGAAAAAAGCAAAUGAAAGACAGCAAGGAAGCACUAAAAGACGCACUGGAGGAGAACAGACAGCUGGCAAGCAAAUAUGAAGGUCUUCAGAUGUCCCUCAUGGAGGCCAAACAGGAGUCAGUGUCCGCAUUGAGCAAGAGAAACCACGCACAUCAGUCUUUUCAUGAUUACACGCAGCUCUCUUUGUUGCAGAAGAGGAUGCACAAAGCUUUGGUGAAAUACUCCGAACAACGCAGCCUCUACAGCCAGGCUGAACUGGACCGGUGCCAGGCUCUCUCUCAAGAGACCGACCAGAAAAUAAAAACAGCCCAGGAGGGGUUGUCAGAAGAAAUUCAGCUCAUCUCAGCGCUCCUACAAUCCUUGACAGAUGACUCUACUACUACCGAUGAUGCUGGGGUGAACAAACAAGCCAGUCCAGAUGCUGCUGGAUCGAAUGAGUAGAUGCCUGCAGUUCAAACAGCAGUGUAAUUGGACAUUCACCUGUACCAGACAACUUACUUACCCUAGCACGCUUCAGUAUUCCCCCCCUCUUUACUUGCAGCAAAUCCAUAACAAUGAAACAGGUGACUUUCAUGCUGCUGUCAGGACUGAUCUAAUUUUAGCUGGGUGAAUGAUUGCAAUUGGCUUUGCCUCAUCAGAUAAUUAAUCUAUGUCACCAUUAAUUGGAAAAGAGAAUAAUUACAGGCAGUGUUGACAGAAAUUCUACGCUUCUCCAGAUUCCAAGAUCUAAUUACAACUAGUGAAACCCCGUGACCUUAACUAGCACUUAGUGCACCUUGGCCACCUUGACCAUGCCCAUGUGAAGACCAGUGUCUCUGGAAAGACCCUGUUUUUGUUGCAUGGCGCCCCGCACUCCUCCACCGUCGUCACUCUCUGAAAGCUGUCUCCCUCAAUCACUUUUCAAUAUUCAAUCUUAAUUUUGUGGAAGUUUAGCAUUUUCAAUGAGCUGGAGAUGAAUGAUUAAUGAAUAA